CCUGUGAAGCGCAUGGGCCACGGUGCGAGUGAGUCCCCCUCCCAUCCUCCGCUUACUGCGAAGCGCCUCUGUUCUCCUGCGCUCUCACUCAUGACGUAUUUACUGACAGCACUGUGAGAGUUUUCACACAAGUCCUCCAGCAGCUCGGUAAUGCGCCUCUGGUCAGAUAAACCGCCUUUUCGCCUCAGAGACUGCGCCUUUCCUCUCCUCGCCUCCUCAGCUUACCAGAAACCCUGGGCCGUUUGGAGUGCGCAACGCGCGCGCCUUUCCAAGACACCUUCAUUUGCCCCACUAUAAGGACUAGUGAGUCUGCGCUAUGGGACCAGUGUGUGUCCGGGAGCUGGUGCUCUGGUCUCUUCUUGCAUGCUUGGCUUGGUUGAGCGUUGGCCUCGCCGGCGCAGAUGGCCGGGUCUUCCUGCUAGAGUUGAGAAAUGGUUCAGAUAUAGGCUUUGAGGCAGCUUCAAGUGCAUGUGGAGAUCAAGGUGCUCGGAUGGCAUCAGCAAUGGAGCUUCGUCAUGCUGUUGUUGAGUGUGCAUUCUCUGCCUGUGCACGUGGUUGGCUUACUGGUCCCAGCAUUGGGACAACAGUUUGCAGGAGCAUCUCUGGAAGCUUACGGGCAGUGGACAUGCAGGUGGAGAAUGUGACUGACACGUAUGAGAGACUGGCUGUGUUCUGUGUGAAAGACACUGGGGCUCCUUGCGGAGGUCCACCUUCAUUUCCCAAUUCACGUCUGCAGGGACAGACAGGCCUGGAACUGGGUGACGAGCUACUGUAUGCUUGCAACCCAGGGUACAUUCUGCCCAAUGGAGAGACAGCAUUCAGCCUGUUGUGUGACAGCUGUGGAGAGUGGUAUGGCCUGGUGCAGCUCUGUGUAAAAGAUAAAGCCGAGGCUUUCAUUGACUAUGAAGACAAGCUCCCAGAUGACCAUCAUCUCUAUGAUGGCCUGGAGGAGGUGCAUCGUGUGAGUAUGAUGCCUAGACCUACUGAUCAUGGAGAGGAGGAAGAGUCUACACCUGAACCAGACCAUUUAGAGCCAGUCAUGGUAGUGGAAGCAAUGGACAAGUUUGAGAAAAACUCUGCAGUGUCUGUAACAGAGCCUCCAGUAUCUCAACUCAGCCAGAAACACAUGUUCUGGUUCCCCUCAGAGGCUUUCCAGGAAGAGGAGCAUCCUCUCAUCACCACAGGCACACCUAUUAAAGACCCCACCCACGAUGAGAAUUACAUCUCUAUCAAGACUGGUGAAGACCAGUCAGAGACUGAGAUGACUACAGAGGAUCAUGAUGGUGGGUAUAUGACCCAACCUCCAACUGAUAAACCUGCCAGUCACGGUGUAGGCAGCACAGUGGAGUCAUGGCUUGAUGGAUAUCCUGUUCCCCAGGAGGAGGAGAGAGCAGCUGGCGGGUCUAUAGGGGAGACAGUACCAGGGCAGGGGGUGGACAUGGAGAGUACGACAGACAGUUUAAAGGUGGAGGAUUUUAAAAGUGUGACUGACAUCCCAAAAGAGGUAGGUCUGGGAGGUGGUGUCCACACCCACCAGGAGGAACCAAAUGAAAGUGUGUCUGAGAUGCCUGAGGAGCAAGAGUUUAGUAAAGUGACUAAUCAUCAGGAUGUGGGAGUUAAGAAUAUAACUGAAAGCCCUGGAGAAAAGAGUUAUGGGGAAGAGUCUUACAACCAAGAAGAAGAGAUUCACAGUGUGACUGACAUGCCUCAAGCAGAGGUUUCUGAUGUAGUGCCUAUUCUUUCAGAAGAAAGAUAUUUUUCUACAGAAGCACCAACAGUGAAGGAGGUGGAAGGAGAAGCCAAUAGACCAGUAGAGGUGGAACAUGAGAAAGAGGACGAUGAAUCUAAAGAUGCACAAUUUCAUGGUAUAAUUGACAGAGCAAAUGAUGUUGAAUUGAGCCCCACACCUUUAAUCCGCCACACUCAGAUAACAGCUGGCCUAGAUGAGACAAUUCUCAAAAACACACCCAGCACUGCUCCUGAGAAUGUCAGCACCAGCCAAGAGGGGAUGGGUUUCGAACACACUACCACACCUUCAGGCAUGGCACCAACAGACACCACACCUGCUUCACCAGUCCAUGUCAUAAGCAAUGUGGCCACAGCCACAGUGAGUGUCUCUUGGGAAACCAAAGAUCUUGGACAUUUUGUGGAUCAAACUCCCACUGUUGAUGAUGAUGUAUUUGUAGAAACCCAUGAAAAUCAGAGUGUGAUGGAAGGAGAUGUAGACCGUAGCCUGGAUCAACCAGAAGACAAUGGAUCUUGCACUGUACACCCUUGCCACUUAGCUGGCCAUGGGCCAACUAUUGCUGCUAUCAUUGUUGGCAUCGUAGCAGCGAUUGUGGGUGUGGCCUUGGGUGUAUGGUGUUACAAAAGAAGGCAACAGAAGACCUCUCACUAUCAGCUGAAUGGAACUAACAGACAAACACAAUGCAUCGAACUCCAACAGACUGUGUAACCUAACACACAUGGCUUACACAAAAAACACAUAUGUUUGAACGUUAUUAAAUACAUGCACCUACAUACAUACAUACUAAUAUACAUGGGGGGGGGGUAUUCCUUAUGUCCCUUAAAGUAGAAAUCUGGGGAGUGAGAGAAUUGCUUUAGUGCUUUGUUAAAACAUAUUUUAUUUUUUCAUAUUUGCAGUGCAGUGUGUGUGUUAUUUCUUGUGUUAUACCCAUAUGAUGCCUAAUUAUUUCUUUGUGGAUUUCCUUUCAUUGUGUGGACUGCAUUUGAAAGGCUAUUGAUGUUUGCGUUUGAGACGCUAGAUGCUUAUUGAUAUUUGAAUUUUACAAGAUAGUAAUGUUUUUCAAAGCAAUUUGUGUAUCAGCCUUAGCAGAUUCAAUAUAAUGUGACCAGUAUAACCUUUGUACACUGAAUAUAAAUUGGCAUUCAGACAAAUAGAGACAGUGAAACUGUAGUCUUCUAUAUUUUAGUGCUCCAUCAGUGGAGAAUAUGCUGAAGGAACUGAUAGUAUGUACUGCAUAUUCGACCAUGUUUUUGUAUACACAUUCAUUCUACAGUACUUAUUGGAUAAUAUAGUUUUAUAGCACCUCUAGAAAGUCUCAAUCACAUACAUGUGAGCAAUGAGCAUUAUAUCAAAACACAAGAAAUAGUAAUUCUUUAUGAAGUAUUUGAAGUGUAAUUGUAAUGUGCCAAAGUCAUUAAAGGCAGGCUUUGUCUAAAAAAAGUGUUAUUUUCGGCAGUUAUACGUAUCAGCAUUGGCAGAAAAGUCAGGAGUACAGGUAACAGAGGAAAUCAAGGCAGCCACAAAGACACACAAUAAGUAGCCAGGCUCUCAAAUAACAAAGAAAAUUGGCUCAGAAAUGCUCCUUACAUCUGCAAUAUCUUGCUGUAUUGUGAGAACUUUGGAAGUCUACAUAUGUAAAUCUUAAUGAUUCCAUGAACAAGGAAUCGGUGAAGGUGAUUUUGAGAAUGUGGGGCCAGAACAGUGGGAGAGAAGGGAGGACCAAUCAACUGUAGUGCAAUCAGUAUUGUGUCUCCUGUAGGGUGGAGACUCUGUGACAGCUGUAUUUUCAGCUUGAAGGGUAGAUGAGGUAUUUUUGUGGAUGCCGCGAACAUGGUGGAGACUAAUUUAAACCUUUUGGGUGUAACAAAUGCGUCAGUGUUUUAUUGUUUUUGUCUAGCACUUUUCUGCUUCCAGCAGAUGAGAUUGACUGAUUUCUUCAUCAGUUCUUUGUAGUUAAUCAGUUUGUAGUUUCACAUUUUCUAAUUAACCAGAGUUGAAGUGUGCAUGUUAGCAAGAUAGGUAUCCUUAGUUCUGUUGUUUCAAGUGGUCUGAUAGCCAUCUUCAAAAUUCUUGUGUUAGUUUUUACUAAGUAAAAGCAACCACCCAUAAAUUUCCAUAAGCAGUCACAUUAUGGGGUAGUAACAAUACUCUGGAGUAUUAAAGCAAUACAAAUUGUUAUUAACAAUCUAUCCAAUAGAGCAGAGGUAAACAACACAUUGUCAAGUAGUGUGACUGUAUUUAUUUGGCUGAAAUUGAAAUUGAAAGUGUUUUUCAAGUAAAAAGUUUAAUUGUCAAUUUGUUUGAUUAAGAAGUUUGAUGUUCCGUUUUACUGACCAGAUGGCUAUUUGAAUGUCGAUUAAUUUUAAUGUUAUAAAUUGCAUACUUAUCAUUUUAAACAUCAUUUUAAAUGUCUUUCUUUUCAAAGGUUGUCUAUGAAAAGUUUAAUUAACCAGUCGGAAUAAUUAAACAAAUUAUUUUAUUUUUACUACAUCCCAGAGUAUCUAAUAUUCACAUAGUUUUUCCUAAGAAGUAGGAUGGCAGGGUGAGUUACUAUCUUUACGCUCCCUGUAAUUCAGAAACACAUAAUUGUUCACAUAUUUUAAAGGAAUUACCUUUUUAUACUUACUGUGAUUCUUUGUAAAAUAAUCAGAAACUCGUACAGGUCCAAUGCUAAAUGCAGUUGUGUGCUAAAUACCAAUAUCACAUGAAGUCUUUUAUUUAUUCAGGAGUAUGAUCAAGGUAGGUGCUGUAAUUUAACAAAUGUGAUUUUUCAGAGCUGAUAUCAACUUGCCUGUGAAUAUUUUUCGGUGUUAUGUACCAGUUGCAAUGUAGUGUAGGUCUCUGUUCUAUUGCACAACAGCUCCAUUUGUACAUUAAGUACCUGACACUUCUCUGUGACUAGGCAGACUCCCAGCAUGUUACUAGUAAUACUGUUAAAAGUGACGCUUCUUUAAUUAAGUACAUGGGCAUGUGAUAUUCUUUAGUCACAGAUAUCACUGUGUAAGUGUUUAAGCUGAAAUGAAUUUAUAGUCUGCAGGUGUAACAGGCUUGCCCCACUAUGGUCUUUUUCCUUCUAUUUUUAUUUUGCCUAUGAAAUGAUAUACCCUGUUAUACGAUUUGAUCAAUACCAUUUCUUUAUAGGUUUUGUGAUGUAUCAGGAUAUUUAUCAGAAUAUUACAUAUUUGAUCAAUGUUUAAUACAUCUUCAGAGAGAAGCUCUAAGCUUUAUUGUGGCAUCUGACUGCUGCACACUUGUGUGACAAACUAACCGAACAAUUACAAAUAAAAUCCACUUUAUGAA